AGAAUUAAUUAAGAUGGAGGGUUGAAAAAUGGGAGAUCGGAGGGGAGGAAAACGAAUCCGAAAUGGGAAUGGGGGAUGUCUACAUGGCCGACCAUAUCAUUCCUUCGCUGUAAAGCCAUUUCCCCACCCCCUUCUCCCUAUCAUACUCCCAUACGAGGGCAGCGUAAUACGCACCCCACCCCCGCCUCUUCUCCGCCGGAACUUCUGACCUCAUUUUCCGACGACGUCCCCUCCCUCAAAUCCCAACAAAACCCCAAACUAAAUCAUUAAUCCAGGCCCCUUCCCUUUCUCUCUCUCAUUCUUCUUCUUCUCUGGUCUCCCAUGUCUCCACUCGUGGUGCUUCUGAUUCUGCUUCUCUUCAGCUGCUCUCCGUCUUCGUCUGUUCCAAUUGGAUCUCGUGAUAUUCUCAGAGCUAUUGACAUCGACAGCAAUACCGGUCCUGAUCUUCAUGAUGCCGCCGUUGAUUUGAACACCACCAAUUUCGAUCAAGUUCUCAGGAACACCCCUGCUACCUACGCAAUUGUUGAAUUCUUCGCUCACUGGUGCCCUGCUUGCAGAAAUUAUAAGCCCCAUUAUGAAAAGGUGGCAAGGCUUUUCAAUGGACCUGAUGCAGUGCAUCCUGGGAUCAUAUUGAUGACAAGGGUGGACUGUGCUUCAAAGAUAAAUACCAGGCUUUGUGAUAAUUUUUCUGUGGGUCAUUAUCCUAUGCUCCUCUGGGGCAAUCCUUCUAAAUUUGUAUCUGGUAGUUGGGAUCCUAAGAAGGACAAGAAUGAAAUUCGUCUGAUAGAUGAUGGACGAACAGCUGAACGUCUGCUUAAUUGGAUCAACAAACAAAUAGGCAGCUUUUUUAGCUUGGAUGAUCAGAAAUUUGAAAAUGAUCACCUUGCAUCAAAUGCGUCAGAUCCUGAACAGAUUGCACGAGCAGUAUAUGAUAUUGAAGAGGCAACAUCCACUGCCUAUGACAUCAUCUUAGAACAGAAGAUGAUAAAAUCUGAGACUCGGGCUUCACUUAUAAAGUUUCUUCAGAUUUUGGUGGUUCAUCACCCUUCUAGGAGGUGCCGGAAGGGAAGUGCAGAGGUACUUGUGAACUUUGAUGAUUUGUGCCCAUCAGACAUGGGGACUCCCAAUAAACAGGAAGCCACCGAUGGUAAUGGCAAGGGUGCAUUAAGGAAUUUCCAGAUUUGUGGAAAAGAAGUUCCUCGUGGGUAUUGGAUGUUUUGCCGUGGCAGUAAGAAUGAAACUAGGGGCUUUAGCUGUGGACUAUGGAUUCUAUUACAUUCACUCUCUGUAAGAAUUGAGGAUGGAGAGACCCAAUUGGCAUUUACAGCUAUAUGUGAUUUUAUUCACAAUUUCUUCAUAUGUGAAGAGUGUCGCCAACAUUUUUAUGAGAUGUGUUUAAGUUGCAGUGUUUCCAGUCCUUUCAACAAAACUCGUGACUUCGCCCUUUGGUUGUGGAGUGCACAUAACAAAGUGAACGUUAGAUUAAUCAAAGAAGAAGCAUCUCUAGGAACUGGUGAUCCCAAAUUCCGCAAGAUCAUUUGGCCUUCAAAGCAGCUUUGCCCUUCUUGUUAUUUCUCCCUCAGCAAAAACAACGAUGGAACAAGUCAGAUCGAUUGGAAUAGGGAUGAGGUGUUCAAGUUCUUGGUUAGUUACUAUGGGAAAAUGCUUGUGUCACUGUACAAGGACAAGGGUCUUCUAGGAGAUGAUGGGACUGAUAGGGUGAGCCUUGAAGAUCUGGCAACCACGACAAAUGCAGUUGUGGUGCCUGUAGGAGCUGCAUUGGCAAUUGCACUUGCCAGCUGUGCAUUUGGAGCACUCGCAUGCUUUUGGCGGUCACAGCAGAAGAAUCGGAAGUAUUUACACCAACUACACUCUUUAAAGAACAUAUGAUUUUUUGGGAGGGUUAUGAGCUCUUUCAGAAAGGAGAAAAAAAAAACAGAACAAAAAAAGAAAUGAAGAAAAAAAUUAGGGAAAAUGAGAGAGGGAGGGAGAUUAUUUGUUUGCUAGGAGGUUGACAUUAUUUGCUUUUCUUCUAAAAAAUUUUCAGGCCAAGGAGAAGCUGGAACUAAGGUGGCCAAAAGGACCAAACCUUUCAUGGCCAUUAAGGUGCACCACCAGGUGAUAUCAUGCUCUGAAUAGGAAUCCGGAUUACUGACUUGCACCAAAUGACCGGUCUUGAGGUCCUCAUGUACCCUUUCUAAAGGUCUACCUUGUGAAACAUUUAACAUGGAAUGUACAGACCUAUAUCAUAAUCUUGAUUUUGGAAGAGUUGUCUUUAGAUAAUUUUGGCAAGACAAGUGUUUUAAAAAGAAUUCAUCUUUAUUUUAUUUUAUUUAUUGUUCCACACCGGCCUGAUGUACUUGAAGAAAACUGAAAUGAACUGCUAUUAUUUUGAUAGAGAAGAUUAAAUGUUGUUCAA